AUGAGUCCCUUGAGGAGAAUAUCUCUCAGAUUCCUCAACAGCUUUUGUACAAUUCAGUUUUUGAGGAGCCACUGUGUAUGGUUGUCAAUCUGCCUUAAUCUGGAGUGUGAAUAUGGCUUUGCCGAUGUUCCUGCCCUUUUCUUUGAAGUUACAAAUAUUGCACCUUAUAUGACAGAACUGGGGUCAAUCAGUUCAAGGUCAUAUGUAACAGUGAUUACCUAUACUGUUUUAGCCUGGGUCAUCUUCAUCAGCCUGAUGCUAGAAGUGUUGAUUUGGGUGGGAUGUAUGGCUUUCUACAUCACUCAACAUGUUUGGAGCACAACAACUCCACACUUUUUGGGACAAAAGGUUUCUCAACCUCAUAAAGUCUUGUUUGGCCAUGCAGCAUGGAGGAGACAUUUCAGUGGAGAGACCAAGAUAAUUCAGUUAUCAAGAGGAUUGCUUGCAACAACCUUUAUUUUAACACUUCUCUUCUCCUUGGUUGUCAAUGUUUUUCUAGAUCCCAUUCAAGAAACUGGCAUUACACCAACAAAAGAUAUUCGUUCCCUUAGCUCAUCUUUGCUUCCAUCGGCAUCCGAUACAUGUUCAUGGAGUGUGGUCCUUGUCACUCCACACUAUCCUAGAAGAUCAGAUCUAGAAGACUUUUCAAGCAUGAUCAAUGUCACACCAUUACCGAGAAGCAAGGGUAAGGUUAUUGGGUGCCCAGGGGCUCUAACCGAGACCGAGACCGGUUAG